AUGAGCACGCGUCGCAAUGCGUCUGCGGGCGGUGCAUCCAGCUCGAAAGACGUGGUCAUGGGCCCGCCUCCGGUGCCCCAGGCGCCCCCGCCCACGACCGAUCCUCAUCAAGCCAAGGAAGAGGCCCUCGUUGCCGAAAAGUACAGGAGACUGAAGCGGAAGUAUUCUAUACUCGAAGAGAAAUACAAGGAAAUGCACAGUGAACUCGUCCGCUCGGGCGAGCGCAACGUGAAGAUACGACAAGAACGCGACGCCCUCCUCGACCGCGUGGUGGAACUCGAAAAACUGGAAACGCCUGGCAUCCGGCGCCCGUCUCUGGGCCCUGACCAGCCUCCGACGUCCGCCUUCCCGCGCUCGCUACUCUCCGACCGGGCCAAGACCGCCUUCGUUGCGAACAUGCAUCGCGCCCGCGAAGAGGUUGAGCGCGAAAACCACGAGCUCGACCCCAUCUUCUCAUCGAGACACAUUGGACCCCACGCUCGCAAGCUCCAGGAACAGCAGCGCCAACGCGAGCGCAUGCAAGAAGAGGCCGCCGCCGCCCAGGCGGCGCGCGACGCCAAACCGAGCCGUCGCGCCAAGAUGACCAAGGGCAAGGACAAGGAUGCGCCUCCGCCCUCGUCGUCAUCGUAUAGCGCCGGGCAGGCACAGGGAUCUGGCAGUGGGAUCAAGCUACGCAUCAAGCCACCGACCGCGCCGGCGUCUGAACCGCCCGAGCCCGCCUCACCGCCGCCUGAUUCACAUGAAUAUUCGCGCAUGUCACGGAACAUGUCAAGCUCGCCCGUGACAUCCUACCAUCCCUCGCCGCCCCAUCGUCACAACGGCAACGCGUCCGACGCGAAUGAUCCGUACUUGUCUCCGGUCGAGCAGCGAUCCAUCGGCGCCGAGGAACCUAAAACACGCACAAAACCCAAGCGACUGAAAGCGCACACGGUUACGUCCAAGACGCAUACCAUCCCGACGAUUCCCAGGGACUCGGACGGCAAGCCACUCCUGCCCCUCAACGUGGGCAUCAUGACCGUGCUCUCGCUCGGGGAGGUCUGCAUGCGGGAACACUUCCACACAGAGAGGUACAUCUUCCCUGUGGGAUAUUCGGUCACGAGGAAGUACCUGUCUACCAUCGACCCCAAUAUCGAGGUCACUUAUACCUGCACCAUUCUCGAUGGCGGAGAUGGUCCCAAAUUCUCGGUCGUUGCCAGCGACGUGCCCGACAAACCGAUCGUUGCCGGCACCGCUACCGGUGCUUGGGCCGUCAUCGUUCGGGCCGCCAACCAUGUGCGCAAACGCUUGCACUCCAACUCGGUCUCGGGACCGGACUUCUUCGGCCUGGGCCAAAACACGAUCCGGAGCCUCAUCCAAGAGCUUCCUAAUGCCGAUCGGCUGAAGGACUAUGUUUGGCAAAACUUCACCGAAGGAUCUCACCUCGGAGGACGACAUGCCGCAGUGACGCCUGCGCUGCCCGAGGACCGGGACGAGAUUGCGGCAAGCCAGAACCUACCGCCCGUGUUCGCGUCAGAAAGGGAGCGCGAGCGCGAGCAGGAGCUAGCGCUCGCUCGGGAGAGGGAGAGACAGAUGGACCGCGAGCAGACAGACGAGGAUGCCGACCGUGCGCCGGCUCGUCGAACCAACGAGCGUCGAUCCCGAAAACAUGUCGAGGAGAUCCCUGGCUCUUCGCCGAGCCUGGGCAACUACUAUCGCCCGUCGGACGCGCAUAUACCCACGCCGUCGAACACUCCAGCCGCGGAUCCCUCCUCCGCAAAUGGUCGACGAUAUUACAAGCAAGACUCGACGUCUCCCCCGAUCUCGGCGUGA